AUGGCGGAUAUGCUAGUUGAUUCAACUUCUGGGAACGAAAUUAUGUCGUUAAUGGAUGGUCAUUCAGGUUACAAUCAAAUAUUCAUUGCUAAAGAGGACGUCCAUAAAACCGCAUUCAGGUGUCCUGGGGCUAUUGGUACUUUUGAAUGGCUCGUCAUGCCAUUUGGAUUAAAGAAUGCAGGGGCAACUUAUCAAAGGGCCAUGAAUUUUAUUUUUCAUGACAUGAUCGGAGAAUUCAUGGAAGUCUACAUCGAUGACAUUAUUGUCAAAUCAGAUCAGUGGGUUGAAGCGGCCUCGUAUAAGAAUAUAACGCAAAAGACAGUGAAGGAGUUCAUCGAGGAGCGUAUUAUCCAUCGAUUUGGCAUUCUAGAAUCUAUAACUACGGACCAAGGCACGGUUUUUACUGGGCAAGAGGUGAUUAGUUUCGCCAAGGCUAGAGGUAUUAAAAUGAUUCAUUCAACUCCUUAUUAUGCCCAAGCCAAUGGCCAAGCUGAAGCCUCCAACAAAGCCAUCAUCGCACUAAUUAAACGACACCUGGAGGAUAAUCCCAGAGAGUGGGAUGUGUUGUUGUCGACUGUGUUAUGGGCUUAUAGAACAUCUAAAAGGACUGCUACCGGAACUAGCCCAUAUAUGCUUACCUAUGGACAAGAGGCAGUUCUCCCUGUCGAAGUCACGAUUCAGUCCCUACGAGUCAGACUUCAAAAUAACUUGGCCAAGGAGGAAUAUGACGAGUUAAUGUUCGCCAACGUCGAUGAAUUGGGAGAAAACAGAGCGAUUGCCCUGAAAAAGCUAAUCCUCCAGAAAGAUAGAGUUGCCAAAGCAUAUAAUAAACAUGUGAAGCAUAAACAGUUCGAAAUUGGCGACUUAGUAUGGAAGACCAUUUUGCCAACAACUUUGGACAGUGAAAAGUUUGGCAAAUGA